AUGGGUGACCGGUUCAGGGAGCGCACCGAGCGGCUGCUGGCCGACUACCUGGAGUACUGCACAAGGGAGCCGGGCGCCCCGGGGCUGCCGCCGUCCUCGCUCGAGGCCGCCGCGAUGCGCUUCGCAGCCACCAAGAUACGGCGGAAGCACGCGUCCUUCUUCUCCGCCUACGUCGGCUACCCCGGGAACCGCGUCUACCUGCUGGAGCGGAUGGCGGAGGCCGUGCUCUGCGACAGCCUCAGCUGGGGCCGGGUAGUGAUGCUCGUGACCUUCGCAGGGACGCUUCUAGAGAGAGGGCCGCCGGUGACCGCCUGGUGGAAGAAGUGGGGCCUCCAGCCGCAGCCGAAGGAGGGGGAUCCCGAAGUCGCCCGGGACCGCCAGCGCCUGGUGGCCCUGCUGUGCGCCCGGCUGGCGGGGCAGCACCGCGCCUGGCUGCAGGCUCAAGGCGGCUGGGAUGGCUUUUGUGACUUAUUCAGGAAACCCUUGCCGCUAGCUGUUUGGAGGAGACUGCUGGUCCAGGUUCUUUUGUCAUGCUUUUUAGCAACGACCGUCAUCUAUUUCUGGACACGAUUAUUAUGA